CAUCACACAGCUCAUGAACAAAAAGACAGAGACAAACAGGCGUGCUCACCACACUACUGAGUUAGAGUUAGAGACACUCAUCUGGAGUUCACAAAGAAAAGCCCCGUGUUAAACGCCCUGCUGAGUCAACUUUUUCUCUUUUUUAUCUCAUGUUCAACUUCAAGAUGCAUAAGAAAUUUUGAUUAAGGAGAAAAAAGACAGCCUGUUUCAAAGUAAAUCCACUCAAAUUAGUAACCAACACAGUCAUGGAAUUUCAUUUCAGCAAAAAUGAAAGAAGAAAAUACAGGAAAAAAACAAGAAGGGUGUAUGUAAAGGUGCUAUCAUUUUUUUGUGUGUGUGUGCAGAUAACUUUCACUAUUAACCUUGAAACGUUCAUAUCAUGCCUCCUUUUUUCCUGAACAGAUAACACUGGUUUUGUGUCUUCACCUUUGCUUUGUCUGUCAGUAUUGGCAGGUGGUGAUCCCUGAACUGUAAAACCCUAAAAUGCAACAAAAAGUGCACCACAAAUUCACACUAAUUGAUUUUUUUGUGUGAGUGUGUUAACAGCUUCUUGAAAAAGUAAAAGUUUUGCUCGUGUUUUACAAGAAAAAUACACAAUAGCACGAAUAAUUAUGAAAGAAAAUCGACUUCUCUGUUGUGGAAAAAGUAAUUCUUUAGUGAAAUUAGCUGCACUUUAUUUACAGCAGUGAUCCACAAAGGCAUGUCAAUCAAACUGAAAACUCAUUUAAAAAAGACUAAGUGUUUCUUCAAAAGAUGCUGCAGAUCUCCAAAAUGCAAUCUAGCUGUGAAAUGUUGAUCUAUGGCACAGUGUGCUUGUCAAACUAUCGGGGGAGUGGAUUUGUUAUCAGCAACCUGAGAGUGCAUGUUCUGUUCAAAGUGCAUUCUGCUGGACUGUGAAAGCGCCGUGCAUGUUCAUCCAUUCAAAGCAAGCUUGGAAUAAACUGUAGUAAAGGUGAAAAGAUGAGGAAAGAAAAGUCUCAGCUGACAGAGUUUUUAGAGGUGGUAAGUGUCCUCCAGUGGGUAUGCAGCUUUCUCUUCUUAGGAGUGGGUUGCAUUAUCUUGAUGGUGUAUCUUAUGUUUACCUCUCUGUGGCCACUUCCCACUCUGUACUUUGUGUGGCUGGUGGUGGUGGACUGGCAAACGCCUGAAAGGGGAGGAAGGGGAACAACGUUUGUCAGGAGGUGGAGGGUGUGGGGUCUCUAUAGAGACUUUUUCCCUGUAAAACUGGUGAAGACAGCAGAGCUUAACCCCAACAAAAACUACAUCCUUGGCAGCCACCCGCACGGCAUCAUGUGUUUCGGAGCCUUUGCCUGCUUCAGCACCACCAGCUGUGGCUUCACAGAGCUGUUUCCCGGGCUACGCUCCUCCCUGGUCGUCCUGGCAGGCCUGUUCAAGAUCCCACUGUUCCGGGAAUACCUGAUGGGCGCAGACCUUCUUCCAGUCAGCAAACCAAGCCUCGCCCACCUCCUUUCCAAACGUGGCAAAGGCAACGCAGUGGUGAUUGUGGUGGGGGGCGCUGCAGAGUCUCUGGCGUCUGCUCCUGGGGUUAACACAGUGGUCAUGAAACAGAGGAAAGGAUUCGUCAGGACAGCUCUGGAAUUCGGAGCUGAUCUGGUGCCAGUUUAUACCUUUGGGGAGAAUGAGCUCUUCCAGCAGGUGAUUUUCUCAGAGGGCAGUGUGGGCCGAAGGCUGCAGGACUUGUUUAAAAAAAUCAUGGGUUUCGCUCCAUGUCUGUUUGUUGGUGAGCGCUUUGGGCUCAUCCCCUACAGGAGACCUGUCACUACUGUCGUGGGAAGUCCAAUAUCAGUACCUAAGAGAAUCACCCCUGCUCAGGAGGAAGUGGAUCACUAUCACAAGCUCUACAUGGAAGCUCUCACUGACCUGUUCCACAAGCACAAAGUCAGCUGUGGACUUUCUGAAAGCCACGAGCUUCAAAUCAUUUAGAUAUUUUAGUUUUUUUUACAGCAAAACGCUGUGAUGUUUAGAGUUUCCUUUCAUCUAUCAGAGAUAAAGAAAAAACAUGUUAGUUUAACUCAUUCAGGAAGUUUGAACCUCUAUCUUCAGACAUUUUUGACAGUCAACAAAUAAAAUCAUUAAAAGAAAUAACUUAAAACGUAAUAACAAGCUAAAUGUUUGUACAUUUGCAAAAUAAUUUAUGUAAAAAUGUAAAGAAAACCCAUGAAUAGAAAUGAUUUGAAUUUUCAGUCUGCUUUGUUCUGCAACCUUUUCAGAUACUUAACCCCUUGACGCUUUAUUUGUUUUUGUUUUUUUCAUCUUUUGGUUUAUCCUGCCACAGUGAAUCAGCUGUCACUGAUUCGCACAGGUAGUUUGACAGAGGUUUUACACCGAAUGCACUUCCUGACACAAUUUAUGUACCGGUAUGUAUUUUCAAGGCGCAUGGAGACCCAGAUGGCAGCAGCGCGACAGGUCUUGCCUAAGGAGCCACACUGGAUUCAGGAGUCAAGGGGUUAAAGCUGAUGUUUGUCCUGUCCAUUUUUAGCUGGCUUUCUUGCAGCUUUAGGAUUUGGUGUAUUUAAUAUCAUUGGAAAAAACAUUAAGUUCCCAUCAGUUUAUCUCACUUUAAUCUCUUAUGAAGGCCUAAAGCCACACUCCAACCAACGCCUUAAAACCAGAUGCUGUGAUCUCAGCUUUUAAAGAGACAAAGACACAUUGAAGAAGAGAUGAUUUCCUGUCUUUCAGUAUUUUACAAAAUAAAAGUUUUUUAAUGAAACUCUGAUUAUUGAAACCUAAUAUAAAACAGUAUGAAUAGAAAUUUCUUUUUGACACAACAUGUACAACCCUGAUGAUUUUACAGACUACUGCAUCACAGCUGUCAAAUCAGAUUCCUUAAAAAUUAAAAAUAUUUUUUUUUAAAAAAG